UGAGUAAGUGCGGUACGACAAUGCACAAAAUCAAUGGAAGCUUGAAAGAUUACUACACAAGACGACGUCCUGGCAACAGGAUGAAGGUGGCGCCCUUGACCGCCCUCGUGGCAGUCCUGGCAAGCUUGACGGCGGCCGAGCGUCCUCUCUCCGCUCCCCCCGCCCAUCCUUCUUGCGACCUGAGACCUGACGCCCACGGAGGAGACGGGACCUGCACAACGGGAGGGGCGGAAGCCGGGGAGGGCUUCGAAACGAGGGAAACGGAGGAAGUCGGUGUGAAGGAGGAGCCGAGAGGGAGAGGAGAACUAGGGAAUGGAGAAGGAGGCGAAGGGGAGGUAGAAAGGAAGAAGGAAAGGGGCGGGGCGAGGUCGCUGACACAAGAGGGAGAUUUUGAAAAGUUUAUUAACGAAGGUCACGUCCAUAUUGUAUAUUUUUAUGCGACAGGAGGUUCUGAGGCGAUCCGAAGAUUCCUGACGGAGUACAAUGAGUCAGCGAAACACUUGCUACAAUACAAGGUGUAUCUAGCAACAGUGGAGUGCGGGCAGUACCCAGUGCGUGGUUACUGCGGGCAGGACAAGGUGGGCAGGACGGCCUACGGAUUCCGCGAUGGACAAGAGCGCAUCGCCUUUCCACUCGAUACACUUUUCAAUCUCAAUGCCAUAGUGGCCUCAGCCCUUCAUCUGGCCAUGAUCAACACGGUGCCCAUAUUGCAAACGGCAGGAGAGAGGAAGGACCUCGAACUGCGCUGUCGUGGCCGCUGCGACAUCAUCUUCUCAUACCAGCGCACCCUCGGCACUUACGAGCACCGAAUGUUCCUGGAAACGGCUCACGCUUACCAAGACCAAUACAUGUUCGCCAUCACAACCUACACAGCGGGUACACUCGGGCUCUCUCCUACUGCAAAGGACCAAGAAGUGGGACAUAGCCUGUGGGUGGUGCACUGCGCGGACAAGACACCGGAGGAGGAAUGCGUGGUCAGCAGGUACCGCCGUAAGAUGGUUCUCUCACAGCUGGUGCAGUUCCUUGCCGCCCUUCAGCUGCCUAAAUGGCACGAGGUCAGGUUGGCGGCCGGGUCAAGGCAGGUCGUCACUCCCUACGACCACACAGAAAUGCCCUGGAUUAUUCUCCUGCACGACUCCGCCUCCCGCAGUCGUGUCAUGGCAUUCGUGCCCCACUUGGCACAGCUCCUGCAUGGCACUGCUGCUACGCUCACCUUUGACUUGGAACAGGAGGGCGUCGAGGUCCUGGCCGAUCUUGGCCUCUCGACAUCGAACAUCGUUGCCCCUGCCAUGGCCAUCCUGCAGCCGCCGCAUCUCAGGAAACCCUCGGCGACGGUACCUCUGCUGAACGACUACGACGACCCUUUGGAAUGGCUAAACGACCAACUAGACGACCUCCAGAUCCAACCAGUACUUAGCAAGGAGGAACAGGGUUAUGUCCCCGUCGAGUCCUUGGAAUUGCAACAGGACGACGAACUCGUGCAAGAGAUGGUCCCUGAAGAGAGGCUGUUGCACGUGCCAGCUCUCGAAGGCCCCGAGGCAUUCAGCGCUGCCCUCGCGCCCUCGACCUCUCGCACGCUCACCGCCCUGGCCUUCACGCUGCACUGGGAUCCCGUGAGCAACAUUCUCCUGCAACACCUGGACAGCAUCAUCCCUCAACUCCACGAGCUGGGGAGCCACGCCUCGCUCUACCGCGUCAACUGCUUCGACUGGCCCAAAGUGUGCGACGCCAACGGGAUCUCGACGUAUCCGGUGCUGCGCCUCCACCCGAAGGGCGCCAACAACAUCACCUACGACGGGGCCAUCAGCGGGGCCAGCAUCCUCAAGGCGAUCCUGCUCUGCGAAGGAUCGACGCCCUUGGAGGUGACGUCAGGAGAAGUGCUGGAGGAGCUGCUUCGUCUCUCGCCCUCCCUGCAUCCUGCCCUCGCCCUCCCCUCGCCUCCUGCCGUGGCCGUGGGCGUGUUUUCGACUCCCAGAGACGCUGCCGGAGUAACACAGGCGGCAGCGAUAUUGCGAGGAACCCACUUGGUAGCUCGUCACAUUUCUCCUGCCGCCACAUCCUCAAUGUGUGGGAGUCGUGCCGGGUGCGUGGUCGUGGCCAAGCCCCACGACCGCUACCAGCCGCGACGGAUCCUGCACGACCACCUGAACGACCCGUCCGCAAUCGCCAAUGUCCUGCGAUAUGCGACCUUACCCGUUAUGGGACGACUCGACCCAGAGCGCUACGCCGCCCUGACCCAGUCCGGGGGCGCCAGCGCAGAUGACCUGACUCCCGACCAGUACCACGUGAUCCUGUUCUUGCCGGCCGCGUCCUCAGAGUUCCCGCCAGGCGCCCGGGAGCCGAGAGACGCUGCCCUGGACGCUGUGGGCCAGGUGGCGGCGGAGGCGGCGGGCCCCGGCCUCACCUUUUCCUGGCUCUCUAUGGACGACCCGACCGCCAGGGACAUUUCGCGCACCUACGGCCUGGACGAGAGGAGGCGCGUCCUGGUCGCCGUAAACCUGCGCGCCAAGACGGUCACCGUUUACCCUCGCGCCGACUUGGACCCUUCGUCUCUCCUGCCGUGGCUGCAGGAAGUCAGGGUCGGCGCUUUGGAACACACCUUGACGUUGGCUGACAACGCCUGGGAGCCAAGUUUGGCCGGAAUCGACUACCUACGGCUUCUGGAGGAGGACGCGGUAAGAGAGGCAGAGGAUAACCUUAUUCUCGAGAUGGAGGCCGACCUCAGCACUCGAGCCUCAGCAGAUGACGGUCUCAUGGAUCCUUUGUUCGUCCACGAGGAUUUGUGAUUGUGAUGUCAGGUGCCCCAGACAUUCUGACAGCAUCUGACUGACGCCCGAAUGCUGUCGGAUUGUGCUGUAUUUAGUGUGUUGGCUUUGCUUCUUUUUUUCUUCUUCCUUUUCCUCCUUCCUCUCCUUCUUUUUCUGCUUCAUCUUCUCCUCCUCCUCCUUCUCCUCCCUUACCUUUUCCUCCUCCUCCCUCUCCUUCUGCUCCUCUUCGUCCUCCUCUUUCUUCCUCUUCUUUUUCUUCUCCUCCCCUUUCUCCUCCUCCUUGUCCUCCUCUUUCUUCUUCUUCUUUUUCUUCUUAGUUUCCAUCUCAUCCUAUCCUCUACACCUUCGUCUGAUGCACCAUCCGGUAGUAUAUCCUCUCUCACCACAUCAUAAAUCCUCUUUCUUAACUUUCCUUAUCUUACAUCAAGCGACUUUGUCCUCAUCAUCCAUCCCCUCCCCUCCCCAUACCCCUCAUUCCUCCUCUCCAUGCCCAUACCCUCUCUUUCACUUCGUGUCUUUAUGUGACGAGAUUGUGUAAGUGUAGCAAACCCAGAAUUACUAUUGCUUACGCUGAGGCCGUCUGCAAAUCUACAUUCCACUGAAAAGCUAUUUGUACCGGGAUAUUGCUGUGAGAUGUCUGGUACUUGUCUGAUAUCUAUUGUGGAUUUUAUAUCUACUGUAUUGUGCCUGUAUUAUGUUACGAGGUGUAAAGCCGAAAUGACUAUUAUGAACUAUUCUUCAAUUAAAGUUUAGAAAAUA